AUGGCCACCAAGUCCAUCAAGCUGGUCGUCGUUGGCGACGGUGCGGUCGGUAAGACGUGCCUUCUCAUCUCGUAUGCCAACAACCGCUUCCCCGAAGAGUAUGUGCCCACCGUGUUCGACAAUUAUGUUGUGAAUUUGACUGCUGGUGAGGAGACCAUCGAGCUUGGUCUUUGGGAUACUGCCGGUCAGGAGGAGUACGAUCGUCUGCGCCCCCUCAGCUAUGCCAAUGCCAACGUGUUCUUGGUCUGCUUCUCGGUGGUGAACCCCGUAUCGUUCGAGAACGUCACCUCCAAGUGGUUCCCCGAGGUCAACCACUUCUGCCCCAACGUGCCCCUCAUCGUCGUUGGCACCAAGCUCGAUCUCAGGAACGACAACUCCACCCUCGAGAAGCUCAAGGGUCAGGGCCAGCGCCCCGUCACGCACGAGGAGGGCGAGGAGCUCGCCAGGAAGCUCAAGGCCGUCAAGUUCAUCGAGUGCUCUGCCUUCACCGGUGAGAACCUCAAGACGGUCUUCGACGAUGCCGUCAAGUCCGUCCUCUUCUCCAAGAGGAAGAAGGCUAAGGGUGGCUGCUCUCUGUUCUAA